AUGGUCCUUGACAAUUGUGCUGCGCAUCCAAAAGAUGCUGGAGAAAAUCUAUCAAAUGUUAAAUUGUAUUUUAUUCCACCAAACACAUCCGCAUGCAUUCAGCCAUGUGAUAUGGGGAUCAUAAAAAGUCUAAAGCACAACUACAGAUUGGCAUUUUUACAAAGAGUGAUUGCCGUAAUUGAUUCAGACGAUGCCUGUCUCAAAUCUGUUGUGAAUUCUAUCACUCUUUUGGAUGCGCUACACAUGCUCAAAAUGGCUUGGAGGGAAGUCAAAAUAGCAACAAUUUACAACUGUUUCCGUAAGGCUGGAUUCCAUGAGAAAGUGGGGGAAAAUAUGUUUAGUGACAUUGAAUGUGACGAAAUAACGAUGGAUGUUGCUAAUGAGGAUGAAGAAUGUAUCGGAAUCAUGUCCGAUGAAGAAAUAUGUUUAAUGUCAAGAGAUAUUUCUUGUGAAGACGAUGAGGACGAUGAAGAUCCCAUACCCGUGAAAACAACCAGUUCGGAAGCUAUGGGUGCAUGCAGAUUAAUACGCCAGUUUCUUACUAACAGCGAUUUAACAAGUGAAAUGGAUAUGGACAACUUCUAUGAACUAGAAAAAAGCGUCCUACGCCUUUGCCAGAAGACUAGACAGUCCAAAAUUAAUGAUUUUUUUAAACAUCAGGCGACUUCAAAUAAAUCUCCGCAAGCAGACUUUGGCUCUGUUUUGGUCAACUUGACAAAUAACCAGUUUGCGAGAACUCGGGUAAACAGAGAAGGCCUCGUGAAUGAGUGUCUUCAUCACCAGCAUAAAACUAUCGAAAUAUCUUUUAUCCUUUAUAGCAGCAGCCUGCGCAUUCUGAAUAACCAAAUGCAAAAUAUUCUGACCAAACAUGUCGUUAAUGGACGCCUGUAA